UUUCAGGAAUUUCAAAUGGACCAAAACAUUCCGCGCCCAGGGCCUGUUAACCGUUCACUACUCACGUUGCCACUGCGUGCCUAUCGUGCAGACCGUGUAUGGUAUGAACCAAAUUCCAAAGACUCGUGCUUGAAAUGCGUCAAUUGCCUUUCAGCUGCAUUCGAAGACGAAGAGCGAGAUGAAAGAGCGAUAGAUAUGUUAGCAUAUGCUGGGUUCUUGGGGGUAGAGCACAUUGCCCGUAUGAAGGUGGAUCAUAGUUUAAUAUGCGCUUUGGUGGAGAGAUGAAGGCCGGAGACACAUACUUUCCAUCUUCCAUUCGGUGAGGUCGGCAUUAGUCUACAAGAUGUGGCGAUGAUCCUUGGUUUGCUCAUUCGGGGUAUGCCCCUCAGUGGUCCAACCAUUAAGGGUAAGGCUCAGUGGAUCGACCUAUGCACGCACUCGUGUGGUUUCACUCCUCUAGAGACUGAUAUGCGCACGAGUGAUAUCACCAUGAGUGAUGUUACCCGUAACCCGAUCCUACCUGACAGUACACACGAAGAGGUCACCGAACGCACCAGGACCCUAAUAUGACAAUUGCUUGGAGGGUUUUUGUUCCCUGACACUAGUGGGACAAGAAUACGAUUAUACUUUUUGGAGGUCUUGCGGGGUGACUUGGCUUUAGCCCGUCGAUGGAGUUGGGGAUCAGCGGUUCUCGGGUACCUCUACCAUAAUUUGUGCAACGGCGCCAAAUGGGAAACCAAACAAGUUGGCGGUUGUAUGCACUUGUUACAGAUUUGGGCUUGGUCGAGGAUUUCAAUGGUCCAUCCCUCAGUACUUCAGAUCAUUCAACAUGACCAUCUUCCAUAUGGGUGCAGGUGGAUCGUCCCCAAGUCAUAUAAGGGAUCCCCAAGACACUGCAUACGCUUGUACCGGGAUGACCUAGACCGCAUGAGUGAGAGUCAGUUUGAUUUCAUUCCCUACGCGUCCGAGACACUCCCACCUCUCAUCCUUAAUGACGCUCCGCUUUGGUCGGCUAGGGUCAUGCUCAUAUUUUGCAUUAUGGCCGAAAUGCAUUACCCCGAUCGAUUUCUUCGGCAGUUCCAUAUAAGGCAAGAUACUCUGAAUGCUCCUUUGACGGGUACUGAUAAUCACGACAAUCGUUCCAACAUAGUAACCGGUGUCUUGGCGAUGUGGGCGGCCAUACAACAUAAUAUAUACUUUCUUGAUUAUGAUCGACAUAUGUCCCUCGAAGCAACUUAUAGGUACCGAAAAUGGUACAAGAAGCAUGGUAUGACACGUGUCCAGAACCCUUCUCACAAUGUUCCCACGAUAAGCUACACCCCGACAGCACACGAUUGGGGUAUUGUGAACCAAGGCGUUCACGAGGUGUAUCAACUCUUAGCCGACCGCGUGAGUUAUGAGGACUGUCAAAAACGACUACGGCGGAUGGCCCUGGACGUAGGUGAUGAAGAGAUGCUCCACCGGGGCAUAUUCCAUUAUGAAGAUGAAGAUGAAGGUGGAAGUGACGAAGAGGAUGAUGCAGAUGAACAUGAAGGUGGGGGUGAACACUGACAAUCGCCCCCUCAAUUCUCAACAAAGGGUGUCUCAUUUGAUCAACCACCCCCUCAAUUCUCAACGCAUCAAGGUGUCUCAUUUGAUCAACCACCGCCGUAUUAUGAUUCUUAUCAGUGCUCCACACAAGCGGGUGAUUAUGUUGAGUCAUUUCUGAAUUCGUAGUUUUAUUAUGGAGACACAACGGGGCCUUGGAACACUGGCAUUGGGGACGGAGCAGGGCCGAGCACGCAACGUUAGAUGUAGUAUUAAAUUUAAUAUUGUAUGUAUUGUCUAUUCAUUAAUAAAUUACAUUGAAAACUACAUUUGUUUUGUUCACUUCCAUUAAAAUUACAAAAAUUGCACUUAAAACAAAAUCAAGACAUGAUGAAGUCUCCCAAGGCUUCCACAAGUAAAAUGGGCUCUACUAUGAAAUCCAAACUGGACAAAUAUUGGGGAGACCCAGAGAAAAUGAAUUUUCUGAUCUUUUUUGCAAAUGUGCUUGACCCAAGGGACAAGUUUGAAUACAUGCCUUUUCAACUGAAUGCCCUUUAUACAGAACCAAAGGGUGUGAAGUUCUUUAAAAGUAUCAAGCUUGCUUUGCAUGAGUUAUAUAAUGAUUGUGUGUCCAACUACUCUGAUUCUGGUACUGGAAGCAUGAUUUCAAGCUCAACUCCCUCUCAAACACAAUUAGAGACUGUGUCUGCAAGACCUAUCUCCAAAUUGAAAGCCUAGCUAAAAAAACAGAAGUUUGAGAAUGGGCAGUUGGGUUUGAAACAAAGUGAGUUGGAACUGUACUUGAGUGAGGCCAUAAUUGAAGAGGAUACAGAUUUUGACAUCUUAAGGUGGUGGAAGUUAAAUAGUGAGAGGUUUCCUAUCCUCUCAAAAAUGGCUAGAGAUAUUCUUGCUGUUCCAAUCUCUACUGUUGCUUCUGAGUCCACUUUUAGUACUAAUGGUAGAGUGUUGGACUGUUUCAGAAGUUCAUUAAGUCCAAAAAUUGUGGAAGCUUUAAUCUGAACCCAAGAUUGGCUAAGAAAUCAAAGCCACCCUAUCUCAGUUGAAGAAAAUAUAGAUGAAGUGCAAAGGCUGGAAACAGAAUUAAUUGAUGGUAGUGUUAAUGGUGGUCCUGAUGGCUAUGUUGGUGGAUCUUUGCAGGAUCCUAUUGCAGUAAAAAUACUGCUUUUUUUACUUAUUUAUUGUUGAGCAUUAUAUAUGACUGAUUUUGUUGGCAGGUUUGAUUCUGAAUCACUGAAUUGUACAUGAAUGAUGGAAGCAGUAAACAUAGUUAAGACUGGUAACAAAAGCUUAUUGCCCAUUUGCCCCUUGUGAAGUUAUAAUGAAUGGUUCAAGUUUGAAGGCAGUAUGAAGAAGUGCAGACCUGAAGAAGGAAUUGAAUGGGAUUGGCUGCUUGCGAAGUGUUUUUGUAUUUUUGCUUUUAUUACUUUGCAUGUCAAAAACUUGUAUAAUUGCACAAUUAGUAAUCUAGUACUGUGGUACAGAUUGUAUAUUUUGUUAUGUGUUACUUGUUAAACAUUAAAACUUGGUUAGCCAUUAGCCAACUUAUCAGGUUAUGAACUUGUAUGUUCAUAAAAACUGUUAAUUUAUGAACUGGGUCUGGGAAAUCCCCUUAUAUUUGUAAUUUCUGUUUAUCCUGUAUAAAUUUCAACCAGUUGUGAAAAGAAAUUAAGUUUUAGUAGUUAA